CUGCCAUUACCAUCUCUCUCUUCCUGCUCCUGGGGAUUUCCUGUCACGUGACCAUACACCAACUUUUCCUCCAAUCCCACCAUGGAAUCCAGCAAAGUGCAGUCUGAGGGCGGCCUCAACGUCACCCUCACCAUCCGCCUCCUCAUGCAUGGCAAAGAAGUCGGAAGCAUCAUUGGAAAGAAAGGAGAAACUGUGAAGAAGAUGCGUGAGGAGAGUGCUGCUCGCAUCAACAUCUCAGAGGGGAACUGUCCAGAGCGAAUCGUCACCAUCACAGGACCCACCGAUGCCAUUUUUAAGGCUUUUGCCAUGAUUGCCUACAAAUUUGAAGAGGAUAUAAUCAACUCCAUGAGCAACAGCCCGGCCACCAGCAAGCCCCCUGUCACCUUGCGGCUGGUGGUUCCAGCCAGCCAGUGUGGCUCUCUCAUUGGCAAAGGAGGCUCCAAGAUCAAGGAGAUGAGAGAGUCCACAGGAGCUCAGGUGCAAGUGGCCGGGGACAUGCUGCCCAACUCCACAGAGCGCGCUGUGACAAUCUCGGGCACCCCGGACGCCAUCAUCCAGUGUGUCAAACAGAUAUGUGUGGUCAUGCUGGAGUCCCCACCGAAAGGUGCCACCAUCCCCUAUCGCCCAAAGCCUGCCUCCACCCCGGUCAUUUUUUCAGGUGGCCAGGUAAGAGCCGACCCGCUGGCGGCGUCCGCAGCCAAUCUCAGCCUUUUACUGCAGCACCAGCCACUGCCUGCUUAUACUAUUCAGGGACAGUAUGCUAUUCCACAUCCAGAUCAGUUGACCAAGCUCCACCAGUUGGCUAUGCAGCAAACCCCCUUUACCCCCCUCGGACAGACCACCCCUGCUUUCCCCGUGGCGGGUCUGGAUGCCAGUCCCCCGGCCAGUACUCAUGAACUCACCAUUCCCAAUGAUCUAAUAGGCUGCAUAAUCGGGCGCCAGGGAACCAAAAUCAACGAAAUCCGUCAGAUGUCUGGAGCACAGAUCAAAAUUGCUAAUGCCAUGGAAGGGUCGUCAGAACGCCAGAUCACCAUCACAGGAACCCCCGCCAACAUCAGCCUUGCCCAGUACCUCAUUAAUGCAAGGUUCAGAGAUGUGGCAGCCAUGUGGAUUGACCCCUCAUCAAUGACUACAUCCUGA